AUGGGCCUCGACCUAGAAUUCACUCCGCAAGACCAGAUCCAGGCGCGCGUGUCCGCCGCGCGCAAGUCGUUUCUGGAGCACAAGACACGCGACGUCGAGUUUCGUCUCGUGCAGCUGCGCAAGCUCUACUGGGCAAUCAAGGACCACGAGCACGAGCUUGUCGAAGCAUGCACCCAGGACCUUAACAAACCUCAGUUCGAGACUGAGGUCGCCGAGAGCGGUUGGAUUCUCAACGACAUCGUCUUCACCACACGCAACCUGCACAAAUGGGUUAAGGAUGAGAAGGCCCCCGAUAUUGACUUGUCGUUCAAAUUUAUGAACCCCAAGAUCCGGAAGGACCCGCUGGGCUGCGUCUUGGUCAUUGGAGCCUUCAACUUCCCCUUCCAGCUCACCCUCGGUCCGGUCAUUGGUGCCAUUGCGGCUGGCAACACGGUGGUGAUUAAACCCAGUGAGAACGCGCCCCGCUGUGCGGCUGUUAUCCAAAAAGUCAUCGAGAUCGGGCUGGACCCCUCCUGCUACACGGUUAUUCAAGGUGCCGUGCCCGAGACCCAGGCCCUGCUGGCAGAGCGAUGGGACAAGAUCUUCUUCACGGGCGGUGCCAAUGUCGGCCGCAUUAUCGCCAAGGCGGCCGCGCCGCAUUUGACCCCUGUGGUGCUGGAGCUGGGCGGGAUGAACCCAGCUAUCGUGACCAAGAACGCCAACCCACGAUUGGUGGCCCGUCGCAUGCUUUGGGGCAAGACCAUGAACGCCGGCCAAGUCUGUACAUCUCAGAACUAUCUCCUGGUCGACCGACAGCUCGUGCCCCAGGUCGUGGAAGAAUUCAAGAAGGCCUACAAGGAAUUCUUCCCUAAGGGAGCCAAGGACUCGCCGGACUAUUCGCGCAUCAUCAAUGACGGUCACUACCAACGCCUGAAGUCCAUGAUUGACAACACCAAGGGCAAGAUUCUGAUGGGCGGCACCAUGGACGAGAAAGAGCGGUUCAUCGAGCCGACGCUGGUCCAGGUGGAAUCGGUGGAUGACUCGCUGUGUACCCAGGAGAGUUUCGGUCCCUUCAUCCCGAUCCUGCCCGUGGAAAACCUCGAUGAGGCCAUCAGCUUGGCCAACGGUGUGCAGAGCACCCCGCUAGGUCUCUACCCAUUCGGCUCGAAGACCGAUAUUGAGAAGAUUCUGGCCAACACCCGCUCUGGUGGUGUCUCCUGCAACGACGCCGCGCUGCACAUCCCGACUCUGCCCUUCGGCGGCGUUGGCGAGAGUGGCUAUGGGGCGUACCGCGGCCGCGCCAGUUUCGACGUGUGGGUGCACCGCCGUCCUAUUACCGCCAGCCCUAGCUGGCUCGAGUCCAUCCUCAGCAUCCGCUACCCGCCCUACGCAGGCAAGCUGAGCAAGUUCAAGGCUGCCAGCGCACUCGUGCCCGACUUUGACCGCGAUGGCCGCAAGCUGCGACUCGGCUGGCUACGCUUCAUCCUGACCCUCGGUGGGGGAAGCACCAAGGCUGGUGCUGGUAGAGCUGCUGUUGUCGCUGCUGGUGAGUGA